AUGACUUCUAAACAAUCACCAACACCUUCUGGCAUAAUCACAAAAGAUAAUGGAGAAAGAGUUAUACCGGCAAGUAAACGACCAGAUGGAACCAUUCGAGCGGAACGUAAAGUACAUGAACAUGAAAAACUUAAAAAAUUGGAACCAUUUAAAGAAGAGUUAAAUAAAUUGUUAAAUGAAAUCAAAGAGCAGGAAGGUGAAGGGAAAAAAAGUGGCAGUGGGAAAGGUGGUAGAAAUGGAAAAAAAUAA